AUGUUUGCAGCGUCAAAUAACACCGGUGCAAAAGUUCUCCCUGUAUUUCCAGCCUCCUCUAUCACAAAAUCUCACCUUCCAUACCGUGAUGGAAAUGGGGACUACCAGUUCCAAGUUAGAGAUCUCCCACCCAAGGUCCUGGUCUCUAAAAAAGAUGCAAAAGAGGGAGUUCCAUGCAAAUUAUGUGGAUUGUAUAAGAAGCUUGCAGACAUGCGGAGACAUGUUGGAGGACACAUCUUACUCAUGCUUAGGGAAGAUAUGGGUUCAGGGUGCGACUAUGCAGAUAAGAUGGGACCAAAUCCAUGUGGCUGGUGUGGAUGCGACUCAGAUCAAUUCAAUUGCUGGAGCCGGAUUGUGGUCGACCCAAAAGGAAAAAAACAGCCCCAGAUCGAGUCUAACUGUGAUUAUCAUUACACCGGAAUGCGGUAUACUAGCGCAUCAACAUGGUCAAUCUCCAGUCCCUGUACUAAUGUGCCAAUGCACUGUCCACUUUGUCCGCCAUCUCUUUCUGGUGAAACACGGACAUUCUGGAAGUACAAUGCAUUGUAUCAUCUUCUUUCUGAACAUUCAACAGGAGGUGAUAAUGGGGAGAUUUCAUUACCCAAAGUACCACUUGAUUUUAUCAUUGCAACAUAUACAAGUCGGGAGGAAGAGAGUGCACUGGGGAUUGAUGAAGAGUUGACUAUCGAGUACAGAGAUAAGUACGGCAUUCCGAUGUCUGAUGACCUUCAAGAAGAGAUUUUGGCACGGAAACGGGCUCUUUCAGUCGCAGAAAGUAGUGGACAUGUAUCAAAACGUAGAUAGCAGGAUAGAUCACUACGCGAGACACGGCGCUGAUCGGCAACACGGCAACAUAACUACUAAAGCUGUUGCCAAACAACCCCCAACGGGUAUUGCGAUCUCAGCGCUUUUAUCCUGUGGUGCCCCCUGCGCC